AUAAUCUUUAAGGUCUCCUCCAACCCGAGCCUUUCUAUGAUUCUAUGAUUACCAGCAUGGGAUCUUUCUCCCCACAUCUACUGCAUGCUCAGGGUAAUUCUGCCCUCCUUCCUUCCCCUCCCAUCUCCCAGUGGGGCUCUGCCACCACUGCCCCUCACCAGCACGGCCCCCUCCCUCAGCUCCAUGCAUGAGGCACUUGGACACGUAGCUUUCUGAGUGACUCAACCCCUGCAGCAGACUCUCUUCAACUUCAGGCUCAGGGAGGCCACCCCCUCCACUGCCACCACUGGGGAUGACGAGUGUUAAGGGUGUAAAUGCUAACGGGAAGCAUAGUGAAAGCAGCGGUGCCACCGGGGCCACCUGAUUCUCGUAGUGCUGUCUGCCCUGCCACCUCCUCUUACGUAAUGACUGCAUGACUCUGGCUUUCCUGAGACCUCAUUAUUUAAAAAAAAAAAAAAAAAAUUAAAAGAUAAAAGAAAAAAAGAUCUUCACUGACCCACUGGCACGUUUCUCAGGACAGGGCUGUCACCAGCAAUCAAGCUCUGAGGCAGAAGAGGAGCUCAUCACCCCUCACCCUGCACAGUGCUUGUUGGACAGGAGCCAAUGCAGGCUGACCCUGUGUGACCUACAAGGACAUCCUCAUGACAGGCACUGGGAGCAAGAGGUGGACAAGGAGAAGACAAACUACUUUACCCGAUGCAGCUGAUGAGUUUACACAGUGAAAAAGCCACCUGUUCAUCUUUGACUCAUUCAACAAAGAAGUCACGUCAAAUACUAACUUGAAAAAUUCCUGAACUGAGCUGCAUCAACAACCAUGGACAACUUCAUGGCGCCGCUGAGCGCCAUCAGCGACCUCACACUUCAGCACAGCAAAGCAAAGUUCCUGCACAGCAGAGUGAGCGGACCCUCCCGGCGCAAACGGGAGUUCAUGCCAGACGAGAAGAAGGACAACAUGUACUGGGAGAAGAGACGCAAGAACAACGAGGCGGCCAAACGCUCGCGGGAGAAGAGGCGACUCAAUGACUUUGCCAUGGAGAGUCAGCUGGCCGCGCUCAGCGAGGAGAAUGCCAUCCUCAGGACGGAGCUGCUGGCCCUCAAACUGCGCUUUGGGCUCAUCAGCCCUGAUGCCAGCACCCACCAGGGCCGCUCCCUGCAGGAUUUCCUGGGGAUUUAUUUCCGAGGGCACAAAGGGCUCUCGCCGUUCCCUGAAGCAGAGCCCUUUGCUGGGGAUUCCUGCCGCUUCACGAAGAGCUUUGUGCCAAGGGUGCUGGAGCCGGCCGACUUUUCAUGCAAAACCUUUAACCCAUCUAGAAACUUCCUUGGCUGUGACUCAAAGCCAGUUCCUAUGGACACACCUGGCCUACACCAACCAAAGAGGCUCGAUUCAGCCUUCAGAUCCACAGUUUGCUCUCCUUUCCUUGAUUACCACUGCCCAGACAAACAUGCGUUCCAUUUGCCUUUCCCAGGCAGUGCCUGCUUCUCAUCCCCUUGUCCUGGUCUGGCAGAGGUGAGCAAGGAGAGCACCACGACUGUCUCAGAUGAAGAUGAUGAGCAGCAAGUGCCCAAAACUUCUCCUCCACCCCCAUGUAGCUUGCCCUCCCCUUUAGAAGAUCACACAAAGGGCCGAAGCUCUUCAGCUCUGCCUCACAAACUCCGGAUUAAGACCAAAGCCCUCGGAGGACAGUGACCAUGGACCCCUCUGUGGGAGCAGAAAUAACUCCUCUGGGAGCAGACAUGAUUUAUUCCAAUGACAUGAACCGUUUGGAAGGAGGGGUGUGAGGGAAAUGUCUUUAAAGAAGGAAGUAAUUUUUUCUCUUUGGCUUAAAUGCUGAGGGAAGUCAUAGGGCUGGGCUGCAUCACUACAGCACAACUGCAGUUGGCCAUGAUGUCAGUCUUGCUGUGGUGGACCUGCCAGACCCCAUGACUGCUGGUAAGCUUCAGUUUCACCUGGUUGCUCUACUUGCCAACCAAACAAAAACUUCAUAGCAUCACAGAAUGGGUUGGAGGGGACCUUAAAGAUCAUCUAGUUCCAAGACCCAGCUGUGGGCCGGGUGCUCCCCACCAGAUCAGGCUGCUCAGGAUCCCAUCCAACCUUGAAGUGUGAAGGAAUGAGGGGCAGGAAGAGGCAAAGAGGUGGUGCCCACAUCAUGGAACACAAUAGUGGCUCCACACCACUGCUACAGCUGCUGGGUGUGACCACCAUUUUAAUUCCCUUUGCUUUGUCAUCACCUCUAUCUUCACAAACAGGGAUGAAAAUCUAAUUGUUUAACACUGGAAAUUGUGGAUAGAAAGAGUUUCAUACCCUCCAGCUGUCUGGAGCAAGAAAAAGGAAUAGCAGUAAGAAGGCAGCAGAUUCACUCUGGCAUGAACUGAGAGCAGAACCUGGUCCAUUUCACCCUCACUUUGUCAUAAUUUAUCUUCAGAGGGAAUGAACUCUUUUUCUCUUUGACUGGAGACAGCACGGUCCGUAAGAUACAUUUAUUUCCAUUUAUUUUUGUAACAGCUAUUUUGGAGGACUAUUACUAUUUUUUGUUUUACUAAAAAGUGAAACAUCUCUUCGUCCUACUUCUUUCCUUGUAAAUAUUUUCAGAAAUGCACGUAAGCAUUUUCAGAAAUGACACUUCUGUAUUUGAAAAUUGCUUUUAUAAAACAUUCUCUUGACUUUAGCUGAAUUGUCUGAUCCAUUUUCUUAUUUUGAAAUUAAUUACUUACAAAAUAAAACCGCUCCGUGGCACAC